AUGAUGAGCGUGAAGAAUGACACAGACAGCAGUCAUUAUGUUGCGGCAACAGCGGUCGAUGAUACUUCUUCAGAUCUACCCAUAGACGAUGAGAUAAACAUCUCUGAUUCUCAUCGCCAAAUUGGCAUCACGUCUGCCGUCUUCCUCAUAUUCAAUCGCAUAGUUGGGACUGGUAUCUUUGCGACUCCAAGCGCUAUUGUUGCACUUUCCGGUUCUUUGGGCCUAACGCUAAUAAUCUGGAUUUCUGGUAUGCUCAUCGCUAUGGCUGGUCUGAUGACCUACAUGGAAUUCGGCACAGGUAUUCCUCGCAACGGCGGCGAGAAGAACUAUCUCGAAUAUGUCUACACGAAACCCAAGUUCCUGGUUACGGGAAUCUACGCCAGCUACGUCUUAUUGUUAGGCUGGGCCGGUUCAAACUCAGUAGUCUUCGGUGAGUAUAUUCUGAAUGCAGCAAACAUCCAAGUAAACACAUGGAACCAACGCGGCGUUGGGCUGGCCUGUAUUACCACAGCCUUCUUGAUUCAUGGCACAGCACUCAACUGGGGCUUACGGCUUCAGAAUUUGCUGGGCAUGGUUAAACUGGGCAUUCUAUUUCUCAUAGCCUUUUCAGGAUUUGCUGCACUCGCCGGUCAAGUAAAGUUUGCAGAAAAACCCGAUAACUUCCACAAAGUUUUUGAGGGUACGACGGGUAAUUCGUAUGGAAUAGUUACCGCAUUGUUCAACGUUAUUUGGAGCUUUACCGGCUACAAUAAUGCCAACUAUGCCCUCUCGGAAACCAGGGACCCAGUACGAACCCUGAAGAUCGCGGCACCUUUGGCUUUAGGCUUGGUCUCAGCGCUUUACAUCCUAGUCAAUAUUUCAUAUUUUGCGGCUAUUCCAAAGGCAGAAAUGAUCAGUUCCGGUCGGAUCAUUGCCGCCCUCUACUUUCGCAAGAUGUUUGGACCCGGAGUCGAGCGGGUCUUUUCGGUCUUCGUUGCUCUUUCUGCUUUUGGGAAUGUGCUUAGCGUGAUAUUUUCUCAAGGUCGAUUGGUACAAGAGAUUGGCCGUGAAGGCAUUAUCCCUCUAUCCAGUCUCUGGGCGAGUAACAAGCCCUUUAACGCGCCAUUUAUGGGUCUCUUUGCCCAUUGGCUAGUGUCUGUCAUUAUUAUGCUGGCCCCACCACCAGGAGACGCAUAUAAUUUCAUACUUAAUGUAAUUUCUUAUCCCGUUGCUGUCAUCAACGUUUUCGUUGCAGCCGGCUUAAUCUUCUUGUACCUCAAACCCUACAGUCCGGAGCGGAACCCGCCGAAUUGGUCGCCACCAUUUCGCGCCACACUCCCGGUUGUAUGCUUCUUUCUACUAUCAAAUUUAUUUCUUGUUCUUGCCCCAUUUGUGCCCCCAUCCAUGGGACAAACAGUUUACAAGACUCUUCCCUAUUACCUGCACUGCGUCGUUGGGAUUGGAAUAAUGGCCUGUGGCGCACUGUACUGGCUUGUGUGGGCAGUCAUAUUACCGAAGCUGGGCAAAUAUCAGCUAGUCAGAACGGAACAAGUCAUGGAGGACGGAUGGACAAGGAACAUCUUUAACAAGCUACCACGAUGA